UAUAAUUUCUAUGGUCUGAAAAUGUGGGUGGCCAUUCUUCUUAUUUGGGGUUUGAUUAUUGGGAUUCAAUCUGCAACUCCAACAUCUCAAUCCAAAAUGGAAUCAAACGCCAUAUUGAAUAGUGGAUGGUGGAACAAGUCUGAUGCACAAUUUAAUAUGUCAAGACGUUGUCAUUGGCCCGGUAUAUCUUGCAAUGAGGAUGGAAGCAUAUAUGGAAUCAACAUAACAGGUACUAGUAGUAUUUGUUGUGUUAAAUUUUCAGCUCUCAACCUAUCUGCUUUCCACAGUUUAGAAAUUCUUGUUUUAAGUUCAAUGGUUUUAGAAGGGGUUAUUCCAAAAGAAAUUGGUCUCCUCUCCAAACUCACUCAUCUUGAUUUGUCUUAUAAUAAUCUUGAAGGUGAAAUUCCUCCUUCACUAGAAAAUCUGACAAAACUCACUCAUCUUGAUUUGUCUGUUAAUAAUCUUAAAGGUGAAAUGUCUCCUUCACUCGGAAGUCUCACAAAACUCACUCAUCUUGAUUUGUCUUCUAAUUUUCUUGGAGGUGAAAUACCUCAUUCAAUAGGCAACCUUAAACAAUUAAAACAUUUGGGCCUAUUUAACAAUAAGAUUGAAGCUUUCAUUCCUUCACUGAGAAAUCUCAAACAAUUACAAGAGCUGGACAUCUCUCACAACAACAUUCAGGGUUCCAUUCCUUCACUAGGAAAUCUCACACAACUACUAGUGCUAGAUGUCUCUUACAACAAGAUUCAAGGUUCCCUUCCUUCACUAGAAAAUCUCACACAAUUACGAGAGCUGGACAUCUCUUACAACAAGAUUCAAGGUUCCAUUCCUUCACUAGGAAAUCUCACACAACUACAAUUGCUAGAGAUCUCUUACAACAAGAUUCAAGGUUCCAUUCCUUCAUUAGGAAAUCUCACACAACUACAAGUGCUAGAUAUCUCUAACAACAAGAUUCAAGGUUCCCUUCCUUCACUAGGAAAUCUCACACAACUAGUAAUACUAGAUAUCUCUAACAACAAGAUUCAAGGUUUCAUUCCUCCUGAGUUGGGGUUUAUGAAUAAUCUCAUAAUAUUAGAUUUAUCUUACAAUAAACUCAAUAAACACUUGUCAUUGGCCCGUUUUGGUGUUGUUGCACUUGAAACUUUAGUGGGAAGACAUCCCGAAGAUAUAUUGGCAUUACUUCAAUCAACAUCAACCCAAGAUAUCAAAUUAUGUGAAGUAUUAGAUCAACGUCUCUCACUUCCAAACAAUGACAUAGUUUUACGUGACAUAAUUCGUAUUGCCGCAAUAGCAUUUGCCUGCUUAAAUCUCAAUCCUUCUUUACGGCCAACAAUGAAAAUUGUCUCACAAAGUUUUGUCAUUGAACUUCCACCAUUUAGCACUCCAUUGACUGGAAUUUCUUUGCAACAACUCAUGAGUCAUGAACUCAAAGCUUUAUUUCACAUUCUAGAAAUAUUAGAAUUUGCUUUUCAAACAUCUCCAAUAUAA